AUGGAAACAUGUUUGAUGAAAUGCUCUCAUGGAAGCGCUCUUUUCAGAGCCCUCAAACCUCUCAGUCUGAAGCUUCCCAAUUCCAUUCAUUGCUCAUCCAUGGCCAUCCACACUGAUGGGGGAAGAUGGACUAAGAGAGCAUAUGAUACAUUGUUGUUGGAUGCUGGAGGUACCCUUUUGCAGUUGGCAAAGCCUGUGGAAGAGAUUUACGCCACCAUUGGCAGUAAAUACGGUUUGUCUGCAACAUCAGCUGAAAUAAAGCAAGGGUUUAGGAGAGCUUUUGCUGCUCCAUGGCCUGAGAAGCUUCGUUACCAGGGAGAUGGGAGACCAUUUUGGAAAUUGGUUGUUUCUGAAGCCACUGGUUGUGCUGAUAAUGAUUAUUUUGAAGAAGUUUAUGAGUACUAUGCAAAAGGUGAUGCAUGGCACCUUCCAGAUGGAGCUUAUGAAACAAUAACCCUUCUCAAGGAUGCUGGAGUUAAGAUCGCUGUUGUCUCCAAUUUUGAUACCCGUCUAAGGAAGUUAUUGAAAGACCUGAAUGUUUUAGAUCUGUUUGAUGCUGUUAUCAUAUCUUCAGAAGUUGGAUAUGAAAAACCAGACAUAAAGAUAUUUAAAGCUGCUUUAGAUCAAGUUAAUGUUAAGGCCUGCAAAGCAGUACACGUUGGAGAUGAUCAAAAGGCAGAUAAGGAUGGGGCCAAUGCCAUUGGGAUUGAUUGCUGGUUAUGGGGAAUUGAUGUAAAGACAUUCUCUGACAUAGGAAACCGAAUACUUAUUUCUGAGCCGUAGCUUCCACGGAUCUGAGUACCAGACUGCAUAUUUGCUAAAAUAAUAUGUUGCAGGAGUGAUGGUUGGACAACUUCAAUUGCUUCCAAGGACAAAAACUAAACGUAUUGGAUAUUUUGAGGAAUGAUAUAGAAAUUUCUGUAUUGAAUAAGCGAAUUGCAAUAUCUCCCAACUAUUAAUAGAUUUGUGGAUACACAAUGGAUUUUUUUCCUGA